UUGUACUCUUCCACUGUUGAAUCAUUCAGUAUUUUAUCAAAUAUCUGUACGGAACUCGUUUCAAAAUGACUGGUCGCGGCAAAGGAGGAAAAGGACUCGGCAAAGGAGGCGCCAAACGUCAUCGCAAAGUUUUGCGUGACAACAUCCAGGGAAUCACCAAGCCGGCCAUCCGUCGUCUUGCCCGUCGUGGUGGUGUGAAGCGUAUCUCUGGUCUCAUCUACGAGGAAACCCGUGGUGUUUUAAAGGUGUUUCUCGAGAACGUGAUUCGUGACGCCGUCACCUACACUGAACACGCCAAGAGGAAGACUGUGACGGCCAUGGAUGUCGUCUACGCACUGAAACGCCAGGGCCGUACUCUGUACGGUUUCGGCGGUUAAACAAUUAUUUUCAUUUAGACUCCGAUCUCAAUUCAAUCGGCCCUUUUCAGGGCCACAAA